CAUGGCGGCGUCCGAGCAGACGGCAGAUGCAAACAUGAACGUCCCGGAGUACGAAUAUCCCGAUGUUAAUACAAAACCAUUUCAUAUCGGCUCUUUUAAAAAGGAGUGGCUGAGCAGACUGAAGCCAAGCGACUACUCGUAUGAGGAGGCGGAUGAGGACGCAUUUCAUGCUAACUUUGCUGAAGAGAUGGGGGUCGGUGCGGAAACCAUGGCUGAACUUAAGGCUGUGUGCAGUGUUGAUUCACUUCGAUGUCAUCCUGAAGAUCAGCAGCCUGAUACAGAAGUUGUACCUCCAGAUCCUACAUUAAGAACACUAGUGCAAAGAAAGAAGAGGCAAGACCACAGAGCUUCUCUUAAAAAGAUUAAAAAGAACAGACAUGACCUCUAUGCAGAUGAACUGGAGCGCCUAACCAUUGGCAGGAAACCAGAAACGGUGACUGACAUGGUUCCCGAAGGAGAGAUCAUUCUAACCAUCAAUGUCUACUACCCAGCUGUGUUCGACAAAUUUAACUACAUCAGACCCCACAUGACUCUCCUGAUGACGGGUUCCCACAGCUUGGCAGAGCUCAGGGAUGCUGUUUGCUGCGUCAGUGACUUGCAAGUGUGUGGCGAAUUCAGCAACACGCCUGACGUAGCUCCAGAAUUCAUCAGCAAGGAUCAUUACAAGUCAGCUUUCUUCUUCUUUGAAGGAGUUUUCUACAAUGACAUGCGGUUUCCCGAGUGCCAGGACAUCAGCUCGACUACAAUUGAAUGGGCUAAGUCCCAUAACUUCCCAUCCUACAGCCAGGCCAAGAUGGAGGACACGCUUUUGGAGGAUCUGAAAGUCAAAGUGGGAUUCCCGUAUCUCUACUGUCACCAGGGCGACUGCGAACAUCUGGUCAUCAUCACAGAUGUUAGACUGGUCCACAAGAACGACUGUCUAGACAAGAAUCUGUACCCACUGCUCACGCACAAGCACAGAGUCCUCACCCAGAAGUGUGCUGUCUGCCAUGUCUUCAUUGGAAGAUGGUAUACCACCAAUGACCAGUUUGCUCCGAGUGACCCAUGUCUCUUCUGUGACAAAUGCUUUCGUAUGCUGCACUACGACGCUCAAGGCAAUAAACUGGGAGAAUUCUUGGCCUAUCCCUAUGUGGACCGGGGCGCCUUUAAUUAAUGGUUCUCAUGACUUAUUGCUGUAUAAUACAGUUACAUGGUUUAUAUUUCAGAAAGAAAUGGUCUGAUACUUGCAACGUCAUCAAAACUGUUUUUUUAGGUUUUGAUUUUCCUCUUUGAGCUAAACAGUAACAUUUACUGAUAAACAGUUCAGUUGACAGCAGCACGGUCAGUUUAAUGUUUAGCAUACUUGUGUUUUUUUUCUUUGUGUGUGUGUAAAGUUAUUCAUUUUUAAAUGCACAAAACAGCUUUUUGAUUGAUUGAUUGAAUUCAUUAAAAGUAACCGAGUUGUUAUGUUUGAUUGGUGGACAUUUAUACAGCUUGUUUAACUCAUUUUGAUGUACUU